AUGGCUUAUAGAGACGGUCAAAUGGUUGAAUACUAUUAUAGAGGCGGUACUUCUACAAAACAGGGUAUCAUCAAGUCAGUUUUGCAAGAUAGGAAAUACUCUAUUACCCUUGGUCUCAAUUCUAGCAAGACAACUAGUAUUACAUUUAUUGUUAGUCCAGAAAUGUCAUAUAUCAUCGAGUGUUCUGAUAAUUCACCUUUAAAGAAAAUAUUUAAAGAUGAUGGGUGGAAAGAAAUUAAUGAAAAACAUUCAUUUCGUAUUGAUGUAGACAUUACUAUCUCUCAUUAUUUGAAUCAGUUAGCUGAUUUUCUAUGUGAUGAUAAUAAUAUCAUUAAUGAUGAUCUUGAAAUGCUUCGUCCACCUGAUAAUAAUUUAUGA